CUAGGUCUUGGCAGGAUGGCCUCUCACCGUCUAUUCCUCCUUUGCCUCGCUGGACUGGUAUUUAUGUCUGAAGCUGGCCCUACGGGUCAAUCCAAGUGUCCACUGAUGGUCAAAGUCCUAGAUGCUGUCCGAGGCAGUCCUGCAGUCAAUGUGGCUGUGAAAGUAUUCAAAAAGGCUGCUGAUGAGACCUGGGAACCAUUUGCUUCUGGGAAAACCAGUGAAUCCGGAGAGCUUCAUGGGCUCACAACUGAUGAGAAGUUUGUAGAAGGGGUAUACAAAGUGGAAUUAGACACCAAAUCCUACUGGAAGACUCUUGGCAUUUCACCAUUCCACGAAUAUGUAGAGGUGGUGUUCACAGCAAACGACUCUGGCCAGCGUCGUUACACCAUUGCUGCUCUGCUCAGCCCUUACUCCUACUCCACCACAGCCCUCGUCAGUGACCCCAAAGAAUGAAGGGGCCUUCCCGUCAGUGAAUUUGGAGUAGGAAGGACAAAAUCUCCUGUAACCAACAGUAUUCCACUUUUAUGAAAGCAGUGUUUUCACCAUAUAAGCUAUUUGGAAACUCCGGGCAGAGACAAUAAAACAUUCCUAUU